AAAAAAAAAAAAAAAAAAACAAAGCCUAAAGCCAGCCCAAAGCGGAACUCUCUCUCCCUUAAAAGCUUGGAAAACAAGAACAACUACAACAACAAGAAGAAAAAGAAAAAAAAAAAAGCAAGACUCAUUUCUUUCCAACUCUUUUUCGCUCAAUUAUUUACAAAUAAUAAGAAAUUUGUGGUGAUCGAAAAUAUUUUUGAUCAGUUUGGAAUUUACGGAUCAUCUUGAUUGCGGUAUUGUACGGAUACGUUUUCAUUUUCUUGUAUAAAUUUGGUGUGUAUAUAAUUGAUGAUGAUGGAGACGCCGGAAAGUGGGAGAGGCGUCGCGUUGGAAUUUCCGGCGAGUGAGACGCCAUCAUUUUCGCGUGUGCCUAGUAGGAUUCGGAAGAGGCUUCUCGCCGAGUGCAAGACUCCUUCUACUGUUGAAGAAAUCGAAGCAAAGCUUCGACACGCUGAUCUUCGUAGACAGCAAUUCUAUGAAAGUGUGUCAAGCAAGGCAAGAUCAAAGCCAAGAAGCCCCUCCAGAUCCUCAUCAAAUGAGGAAGACCUCGGUCAGCGCCUUGAAGCAAGGCUCCAAGCUGCUGAGCAGAAAAGGUUGAGCAUUUUGGCAAAGGCUCAGUUGCGCCUAGCCAAGUUAGAUGAGUUGCGGCAAGCAGCUAAAACUGGGGUAGAAAUGCGUUUUGAGAAGGAGCGUGAGAAGCUUGGCACAAAAGUUGAAUCGCGGUUUCAGCAGGCAGAGGCAAAUAGAAUGCUUAUCCUUAAGGCUUACAGCCAGCGAAGAGCAACCCUAAAUGAGAGAUCAUCCCAAUCAUUGUUACGAAGGAUGGCUAGAGAAAGUAAAUAUAAGGAGCGCGUGCGUGCUGCUAUUCAUCAAAAGCGUGUGGCUGCAGAGAAAAAUCGGCUGGGACUGCUGGAAGCAGAGAAGAAGAAAGCCCGUGCUAGAUUUUUGCAAGUUCGACGAGUGGCUAAGUCCGUCUCUUAUCAACGUGAGGUCGAGAGAAGGAGAAUGAGAGACCAGUUGGAAGACAGACUGCAAAGGGCAAAGAGACAAAGAGCAGAGUACUUGAGGCAGAGAGGAAGACAUCAUAAAUCUGUUCGAGUGGCUUGUGCAAGGAUGCACAAGCAAGCUGAUCUGCUUUCUAGAAAAUUAGCAAGGUGCUGGAGGCGGUUCCUUAGGCAGAGAAAAACUACUUUAGACUUGGCAAAAGCCUUUGAUUCCUUGAACAUCAAUGAGAAUUCUGUUAAGUCAAUGCCAUUUGAACAACUUGCUCUUCUGAUUCAAUCAGUUACAACCCUUCAAACUGUGAAAACUUUUCUGGAUCGAAUUGAGAGCCGUGUUAAGGCCUCUAGGGUAGUCAGUGUUACUGAUCAUCUAUCCAGUUUGGAUAACAUUGAUCAUCUUCUCAAAAGAGUUGCUACUCCUAAGAGAAGGACCACUCCCAGGACUUCUAUGAGAAGCAGAGAGGCGAAGAGAGUUGUCUCUAUGAAGGAAGCUGCCAAAAGUCUUGCUAAAUUAUCAAGGUAUCCCGUUAGAAUAGUUCUUUCUGCAUACAUGAUAUUGGGUCAUCCUGAGGCAGUUCUUAGUGGUCAGGGAGAGCGAGAGAUUGCUUUGGCCAAGUCUGCAGAAGCAGUUGUUCGAGAGUUUGAGUUGUUGAUCAAGAUUAUUUUAGAGGGCCCCAUACAGAGUUCUGAUGAAGAAUCUGACUGUGCAUUGCCUAAACGUUUGACCUUUAGGUCACAGCUUGCAGCAUUUGACAAAGCAUGGUGCUCCUACCUGAAUUGCUUUGUGGUGUGGAAGGUUAAGGAUGCUCAGUCAUUGGAGGAGGACUUGGUAAGAGCAGCGUGCCAGCUCGAGCUCUCUAUGAUUCAAAAGUGCAAGUUGACACCAGAAGGAGAUAAUACUGCUCUUACUCAUGAUAUGAAGGCUAUUAAAAGACAGGUUAUAGAAGAUCAAAGACUUUUAAGGGAGAAAGUGCAACAUUUGAGUGGAGAUGCUGGGAUUGAACGGAUGGAAUGCGCACUAUCUGAAACACGGGCUAAAUUUUUUCAAGCAAAGGAAAGUGGGAGCCCAAUGGGAUCACCAAUUACACCCUUCCUAUCUCCAAACACAUAUGGUUCCCCUAUUUCUCCUACUGCUAGAACAGAUAAUAGAAGUGAUCUGACUCAGAUGCCAAACCGUGUUGUCCGCUCUCUGUUUAAGGAAGAUUCCACGUCCCCAUCCAAAAAUUCUGGUCCCUCUGUUCCUAGUGGCAGCCAUUCAAAUACUCAGUUGGGUUCUUCUAUUGAAAACCAGCUGCUAACUGGAAAUGAAUUGAUUGUUAAUGAAUUUCUUCAUGAGCAGCAUGGAUUUGUUGAUAGCUUCAGUGUCACUGAUGAAGAUCAAAACAGCAUAAAGGCAAAGAUAAGAGAAACAAUGGAGAAGGCUUUCUGGGAUGGGAUCAUGGAAUCCAUGAGACAGGAUAAGCCUAAUUAUGACCGUGUUAUUGAGCUUGUGAGGGAAGUUAGGGAUGAAAUUUGUGAGAUGGCUCCUCAGAGUUGGAGGGAAGAAAUAACUGAUGCUAUUGAUCUGGAAAUUCUCUCCCAGGUGCUGAAGUCAGGCAACCUGGACAUUGAUUAUCUUGGAAGGAUUCUGGGGUUUGCAUUGAUUACUUUGCAGAAGCUCUCCGCUUCAGCCAAUGAUGAUGAGAUGAAGGCUGCUAACCAGAGGUCGCUGGAAGAGUUAGCUAAGAUAUGCGAAGCCAGAGAGAAUCCAAAUCAUUCUCCUGCCCUUGCUAUGAUUAAGGGGUUGCGCUUUGUUCUAGAGCAGAUUCAGGAUCUUAAGCGAGAGAUAAGCAAAGCUCGUAUAAGGAUGAUGGAGCCAUUGUUAAAGGGACCUGCUGGUUUGGAUUACCUUAGGAAAGCUUUUGCUAACUGUAAUGGGUCUCCUUCUGAUGCUUACACUCGUCUACCACUGACGAUGCGGUGGCUUUCUUCUGUAUGGAACUGCAAAGAUCAAGAGUGGGAAGAGCACGAAAAUUCUCUGUCAACUUUGAAGGCACAGGAUGGUUCAUCUCAGGGGCUGCAUACUACCAUCACCCUUAAAACUGGUGGAAGCUAUAAUUCAGCAAAUGCAAGCCCAAUGACGUUUGUCAACCCUAAUGCUUCGAAUGGUACAGGUCAUCAACAACCGGAAUGCAAGGGAGAGAGAGUUGAUGUACUGGUGAGGCUCGGUUUACUGAAGUUAGUAAGUGGAGUUUCUGGUCUAACACCAGAUGCUGUGCCCGAAACCUUCAUGCUUAACCUCUCUAGAUUGAGGGGUGUUCAGGCUGAGAUUCAAAAAAUCAUUGUAAUAUCCACGAGCGUUCUUAUUUGUCGGCAAGUCCUCUUGAGUGAGCAAUUAAUAGCUAGCUCUACUGACAUGGAAAGCAUAAUAUCAAAUUGCAACGAACGACUCUUGGAGCUCUUAGACCGUGUCGAAGAUGUAGGAAUUGAAGGGAUUGUUGAAAUAAUCAGUGGGUUCUCAAGAGAUGGUGACAAUGUAACAGAUGACGAGAAGCUUCAAAUGAGAAAAGUUAUAAUGGCCAGGAUGCUAGCAAAGAGCCUGCAAGCUGGGGAUGCAGUGUUUGAGAAGGUGUCCCGUGCUGUUUAUUUGGCUUUUAGAGGGAUUGUGCUUGGGGGGAGUGGUAACCACGGUAGAAAGUUGGCGGAAAUUGCCCUCCGGCAAGUCGGAGCUGGUUCCCUGACCAAACGGGUGGUAAAAGCCGCGGAGGUCUUGGUGGUAGCAGCCACAGUUUCUGUCAGCGUCCACGGGCCAUGGUAUGUAACCUUGAUCGGUAACAUGUGAUUGGAUUGGUAGAUUUGUGAAAAAAAAUAAGAAAAUAAUGCACACCUGUAAAUAAUGCGUGUAAAAAAAGCCUGCAUUUAACGGACUCUUGUAGAUGGCACCUAUCGUAUGUUCUAAAUAAUAGAACAUGUUAACAGUGUUUAGGUUAAUGAAAAUGGGUGUGUUUCGACUUUUCUUUCUAUUUAGUAGGAAAGCCGAAUGCAAGACGAUCAGACGUCAAAUCGA